AUGGCUUCUAGCUCAGCUUCAGCUCCAACACCAGACAUAUCUCAUACUUUGCUACCUGUUUUCAGAGGUGAAGGUUAUGAACACUGGAGUUACAUGAUGAAGACCUUAUUUAGGUCUCAGAGGCUGUGGAAAGUGAUAGAAGAGGGAAUUAGUGCAAAAGAGCCAACAGAAAAGGAACUUGAAGAUGAUGCCAAGAUUCUCUUUUUAUUACAACAACCAGUAGAUGAAACAAUUCUACACAGAAUUGUGAGGUUUGAUUCAGCAAAGGAGGCUUGGGAUCACAUCAAAAAUGAGAACCAGGGUACUUCAAGGAUGGUGUCAGUUAAGCAGCAAACUUUGAGGCAAAGAUUUGAUCUAUUGCAAAUGAAGGAAGGGGAGAUAGUCCAACAUUAUAUUACAAGAGUGUUAUCUGUGGUGAUGAGAAGUUUAUCAUCAAGAUUUGUGCAUGCAUUGACUUCAAUUGAAGAGGCUAGGGACAUGUCUAAAGUAACACUUGAUGAAUUGAGUGGCUCUCUUCAAGCACAUGAGUCCAAGUUUAAUCAGGAUGCCUUUGUGAUGCAGGGAGAUUUAAGAGGUGGUAGAACUAAUUGGAGAGGAAAAGGUACAUUUGGAGGAUUAAGAGGUAGAGGAAGAUCUGGUGAUAAUUCAAGAGGAGGUGAUCAAAGACCAAGUAUACAAAGGCAACAAAAUUUCAGUGAAAGUAGCAGACUUGGCUCAAGGGAAUUUGGCAGAUAUAGCAGAGGAAGUUCUUCUAAUGUACCAAAUCUUGGUGAUUAUGGGCAUUUGUUUAUGGUUCAUAAUGGGCAAGAAAUGGAGAGUCCUUCUAUCUGGCUGUUGGAUAGUGGGACAUCUAGUCAUAUAACUGGAAGAAGGGAGCUCUUUCAUAAUUUAGAUGAAACAUUGCAGCAUAAAGUCGGACUUGGUGAUGAUAAAAGAGGACAGCUUAAUGAAGGUGGCUAUGAUGUCAAUUUCAGUAAAAACUAUGGGUGUAUAAUUAGAGAUGGAAGCACUGGGAGAAUUUUGUUCAGAAUUUAG